GAUGGAGCACCUUAACCAAUGAAGGAGGAGAAAGGGGAGGGAACAGGGAGGAUCCCAUUGCAUCUGUCAAAGAGGUAUGAGGAGAGUCCUUUUAGGGAGCAGCCGAGUGCGAAUCCUGCCCAGAGCAGUGGACGAUUGUCUUUGCAAUCCUUGGUACCAUUUCUUCACCAGGAAGUCCAGUUUUCUUCCAUAAACAUGCAGAUCGUACUUUCUGUUGCCGUGGUGCUCGUGGCACUCUCUGUCGUGGCAGGUACUGAUGAAACCCCAGUUGCAAACGAACCCAGUUUGUCUCAGAAACUGGAGAAAUUCAAGCAGGAAGUCCAGACUUUUGUGGACCGCGUCGGGGAGGAAACCAAGGAGACUCUCCAUGACAUCCGUCACAGUGAAUUCGGCAACAGAACCCGGAACUGGUUCUCCGAAAAGUUCCGGAAGCUGAAGGAGAAAUUCAGGACCCUGUUUCCCAGAGAGGAAGCCAACUGAAUCCCUCCGUGGAGCACAAUUCCCAUCGUCCCUACGCUGGAUGGAAGAAGAAGACCUUCAAGAAGCAAUGAUGGAGUUCCUUCCGACCCUUUUCCUUCCUUUCGUCCUUCUGUCAUCCGCUUCUUUCCAUCUCUGUGUGCAUUCCAUCCAGUAUUAUUAAUAAAGAGAUACUGCCUACUCUUAA